AUGUCUGUGGAAAUCUGGCCACCUAUUGCGCCAGACCACCUGAAAGCCGCCGUCGAGACAUCCCAAAUUUGUGAAGGCUGGGAGCUAAUUGACUCGCCCUUUGUGCGCCCUCCUCCUCGACAGAAACGCGAGCUCGAUUGGCUCGUCCAAGAACUCCGCGAAACCCUCACCAACCUCAAGCAUGGUCUCGAAGACUGCUAUGCGCUGCUUGCGCCGAUAGACCCGGGCAGCACCUUGGUACUCAGCACACCACGAAACGAGAUCGUCAAGGGACACAUCACCCGGGUCGGAACACGGAUAGUCAAGGGCACAAUCCACCUCCGCCUGCGCACCCUCCCUCAACAAACCCUCACCAUAAACCCCAACCACCCAAUCCACCUCGCGCCUCUCGUCACUUUACACACUCUCCUCACACACUCCCUCGACCUUUUGACGAUGACUUUAUCAUUCACCUACCCGACCGAGUCCACCACCAUCACCUCCUCCGCUUCCGCUUCCGCGUCCGCAUCUUCCACAUCCAAAACCAACCCAAGUUCACAACCACCACAACAACCUCAACUUUCCACCGCAGCCUUCCUCUCCUCGCAACUCCGUCUCCUCUCCCAAUCCAUCUCCGAAUCCUGCGCAAUCCUCAAAGGUCCACCAUUAGUAACAGCCGCCGACCCCUCCUGGACCACGCGAUCCAUCGCUCCCUCGCACUUCGUCCCCCCAUUGACGGCCGCCGCGUCAAAUAAUAACCAUAACCACCCUGGAGCAACGCCCAUACCGCCGAUAAGUUUCCAUCUAAGUAUCCAAGAAAGCAGCAUCGUUCUCUGGCUGCGCAGUCUCGAAUCGGCCAACGCCCCUGUUGGUUUCGGGACAAAGCUUGCUUUUGCGAUUGGUACCGCAAGAAGAUUGGAGCAUGAUGAGGCGGAUAGGGUGUUUGGGUUUUGUUGUGCUGGGGAGACACAUACGGCUGGGCCGGGAGGGAGUCCGGGGGGUGUGAUGCCGAGUAGCAGUAGCGGCAAAUCUUCGCAGACUGCGGGUACGGGGUCAAUGGCGGGGAAGAAACCACAACAGUCACAAGUGGAUGUUUAUGUGAGAGAGAAAGUCCGAGUGGAAAGUGCCGAUCCUAGUCUGCUGUCUCUUGCAGCGAAACUAAACGCUUUGGGACACACGUUGGGCUUGGCACGAAGAAAUCUGGCGGCGGUGAUGGGAGAGGAGCUGGAGGAUUAG